UCAAUAGAACUAAUGAAAUUACAAGAUCGAACAGGCUUGCAUCGCAAUCAAGUUGCUAAUGCAAUUAUCAAAUGUUGGUCUAUUGUAGCAAAAUGCUCUCAAUUAGCAUUUAAGCUAUCAUUAACAAAUGAUGAUUAUAAAGAGCUCGAAAAUAUUCUAAAAAAGGAAAGACAAGCUUUGAUUGGA